AUGGGUGUGAAGAAAAAGCCGGUGCCGAAGAACACGGCGGUCAAGAGCAAGGCGAAGGCGAAGGCGAAGGCUGCAGAUCCAGGGCAGCAGCCAUCGCGAGGGACGACGUCGACUUUCUUGACUGGCCUGAAGUAUAAGUCGCUGAACGGCAAGGGCAAUGAUAAGACGAACGCUCAGAAGCUGCUUGAGGCCGGCUGUACCUAUCACAAUGCUGAUUCCUCCGCCAAGCACGACCUCAUCAAGACGUACCAGGAAAAGGGCGGGAUCAAAAACCUGGCUUGGGUUCCCAGCUAUACCGAGCAGGCCACUUCAUCGAACAGUGAUGCCCAGAAAGUGGAAAGAGGCUUCUUCGUGAUGAGCAAGAUUUUUGAGAGGGAGCUGGGAUCGGGAUCCGCUCCGGAGAAGAAGCGCCAGGACAUUGUGCUCGAGGCCAUGAGGAUCCAGAACUACAAGGAUUACGACGUGGACUACAAGGACCUUAAGGAUCUCGUGAAGGAGGUCCCCGGAUGCCCCGAGCUUACCAAGUACUUCUUUUGCUUCGGUAAAAGCAGCAGCACCUAUGCAGAAACGAAGCAGACGAACAUGGAGAUCAGCACCAACCUCAAAACAUCCGGCCUUGCUUUGGCUUUGGGCGAUUCCAGCAGCUCCAGCUGCCAGGUGAAGAUCGAGAACCCCGAGAAGGUGAAAGCCACGGAGAAGGUUGGUGUGUUGAAGAGCGGGAAAGCUUCUAUUGAGAAGCUUAUCAACCCGCUGGAGGAUGGAAUUUCGCAGCUGCAGUGCACGAAGAAGCCGGAGUACGCCGAGUUCAUCAAGGAGGGCAACAACAAUUUGAAAGAGGCCAAAAGCUUCGUGGAACGAGCCCGGGUCCAGAUCAGCACGCACGCCGUUUUGCAAUCCGAUGAGAACACAACCAAAGAGGCCUGGGAGGAACUCAGUGGAAAGAUGGAGGGCAUGAUCAAUAUCGCCACGGUGCACGUUGAUGGAUUGAAGCAGUUUAAACUUCGCUUGCAGGCUUUCAUGUCGUAG